CCAUGCUAGAUGCAGGAUGCUGAUGGAUCGAUUUUAGCUUCUAUUCGCUUGAGUUUGUCUUCUUAGAACAAAUCAACCAUCAGUAUUCAUCGAGUGAACAACCGAGCAAAAGAGAGAAAGAAAGAGGCAUCAGCCUGGUGAUAAUGAAUGGAUGAAUUUAUCAUGGUGUCGUGCCAUGUCGUGUUGUGGCCGUGUAUGUUGUAUACAUGGAAUAUAUAUCAGAAUAUGAGUAUAUGACGGCCCCUUGUUUUGUUCCUACGGUACAGUAUAUCCUAUUUUAGCAAAACUCCAUUUCUUUUAUUUUUAUAUCUGCACUACUCGUACACUGGACUGGACUGGACUGCAGUGGAGAAAGAGACAGCAGGCGUUGUGCUCCUGCGUGUCCGGCUCCGGCGUCCACCUAUCAUCGUUCUAUCCGUCCGCAGGCCGCACGCAACUCAAAUCAAAUGGGCUGCGCUUCACUGCCCACGAGGCCCUCCCCGACGGCGUUCCCGCCGCCGUUGCCCGCCGCCGCCCACGCCCGCCUUUCUCGUUCUCACAUCCGCACCUGCACCACCACAGGCAAACCGAGGAGGGCUUUUUCCAUCAGAGCAGCUCACAGUGGUGUCAGUGAUGUAUCUGUAGAGAGCCUUCUUCCCCUUUCUGAUAAUGAAGCUCCAGUCACCGGCGCUGCUUACAGCUUCACAGGAGCAACGACAUCACUCACCAACAGGCGGAUCCUAACAUCCUCCAAGAAGGUUACUCUUGUCAGGCAUGGCCUCAGCACAUGGAAUGCAGAAAGCCGUGUCCAGGGAAGCUCAAAUCUGUCUGUGUUAACAGAAACUGGCACCAAGCAGGCAGAGAAAUGUCGCGAUGCUCUUGCAAACAUCAAGUUCGAUGUUUGCUUCUCUAGUCCUAUUUCACGAGCAAAGACAACCGCUGAAAUUAUCUGGAAAGAUAAGGAGGAACCCCUUGUGUUUCUCGAUUCAUUGAAAGAGGCACAUCUCUUCUUCUUAGAGGGCAUGACCAAUGCGGAUGCUAAGAAGCAAUAUCCGGAGUUGUACACCAGAUGGAGGGAGGACCCUGCACAUUUUCAUGUCGAUGGCAUAUACCCGCUCAGGGAGGUGUGGAGAACAGCAAGCCAAGCAUGGGAGCAAAUCUUGCUCACUCCGGGAGAAAACUUCCUGGUGGUCACACACAAAUCCAUUUUGCGCGCGCUCAUCUGCACAGCACUAGGUCUCGCUCCUGAGAGGUUUCGUGCCAUUGAUGUAAACAACGGUGGCAUGUGUGUCUUCACGGUCAACAAGCAAGGAGAAGCUAUGCUUCAAGCCCUCAACAUGACAGCACACUUGUAUAGUGAUCACACCUAUCAGUACUAGUUUUGCUUUUGCCCCUCUCUUUGCAUAUAUUAUUACACUUCCGUUAGAGGACAAGCCAUUAUUGAAAUGGCUAUGGUAAAUACUAAUGUGACCGUAGUGCGCAUGACGAUAGGUUACAGUUACACAAAUUGCUCCCUGUCAGAUGUGAUUGUCCACGUACGUGAAUGUAAACUGAAUCAUGCGAAGUCAUUUGACCUUUGAGGAACUGUUCAUCUCCAUCUAUAAUGUGCUUGCUCAAAUACUCCCUGAA